UUUCUUGGAGGAUUUAGUGAUUUCUAUGGGAUCCACUCAAUUUGGGCCACUCCAACAAACCUUUCUGGUGGACUUAUUUACGCUCUGAGGCCUCGUCCUGCCAAGCAGCCCAGGCUGUCCCAUGCCAUCCCAGCUCUUCAAGCUUCCCAAAUCCUCCCACACGCUCAUCUGCUUCUCGUGCUCUGAUGCCUCCUCCAACUGGGCCUGCCUGAAGCCUGUCAAGUGCGGGGAGAAUGAGAACCACUGUGUGACGACGUACGUGGGAGUGGGACUCGGUGGCAAAUCCGGCCAGUCCAUCUCCAAGGGCUGCUCCCCCAUCUGCCCCAGCGCCGGCAUCAACCUGGGCAUCGCGGCCGCCUCCGUGUACUGCUGCGACUCCUUCCUGUGCAACAUCAGCGGCUCCAGCGGCCUCCGGGCCAGUUCCACCCUCCUGGCCCUGGGAAUCCUCGUCAGCCUCUUCUACGUCCUGCGGGCCCGGGAGUGACGGGAGCGUUGGCCGAGGAAGAGCCGCCUCCCCGAGGCCCCCCGUGGGUCUCGCUGGCCACUGUUCUUCUCUGUCGGUGUCUGCAAGGAGAUCUUCCACUUCCCAGCAGGCUCCCGAGGCCGUGGUUUCCCAGACUUUUCUGCUCUUCCAAGCGUCGGAGCUGUGGGCUGGUCUCUCUCUCCUUGUUUCUCUCUCUCUCUCUCUCUCUCCCUUCCCGUGGACAAACCCCCGCUGCGCCCUCGCGCCUCCUUGGCGAAGGUGGAUGGUUUUGGAAGGGUUUUUUUCUGCUUUUUUACCUAAUAAAUAAUCUCCCCCCCCCAUCCCACACACGUUUCUAAGGUUGGUUAAAAGCAGGCUGGGACUCGCCAAGAUUAACCCCUCCCCACACCCCCCCUUCCCCACCAGGUGAAGAGCUCAGAUUUUUCCUGCCUCUCUCCUGGCUCCAGCACGGGCUUUGGGAAUGCAUGAUCCAAAGGGAGACACAUUCCUGGCCCUCCCACCACCUCCCCCCGCCGCCACCACCGUCACCCCUUGCAGCUGCAGCCUCUUUUUAUAGAAUAAUUUCGUUUCUUCUGAAUCCUGGGCUGACUUUUUCUGGAAAAAAAAAAAAAAAAGAGUGACCUGUACCUUGUCCUUGCCAGCUCUGUAAGUGCCAGGCCUGAAUAAACACGCUCCUGUUGUUACCUCCGG